GGAUUGUGCAACAUAUUUCAUACGUAUUCCUGCGUCUGUGGAAGAGUUUUUCUUCUCUGUGAACUGUUCUCAAGCUAAGUCUUAAGAGUUGUAGUCACAACACACACACACACACACACACACACAGAUGUAACAGCUGUGCAAAUUUACUAGCAGUGUUUUUUUUCCUCAAGUGUUCCACGUGCCUGAGAUUUGAUCUGAAGAGGAGCCCCGCCUUUUUCUGUCACCGAGCUUUACUGGCACACAAACUGGAUCUAUAUAGUAACACACACACACACACACACACACACACCCUUCCCUCUGUAUGAUAUAGGGCAGCUGCACAGCUCUAAAUCCCAUCAUUGGCCUGAAUCCUGUCGCUUUGCUGCAUGUGAGAGCAUGUGAGCAGCUGCUUAGCUCGUGACCCCCCCAACCCUCCCAUCUCACCCUCGACACCCAACACCCUCCUCCCCCCUUGACCAGCAGCAACCAUCCUCCCUCCCUCCCCUCUCUCCUCAGUUUACUCCUGAAACCACUGGAUGCUCGAGUCCCUCGCCAUCAUCUGUUUCUCCACCUGACCACCACCAUCACCUCCUUCACCAUCACCUGAGCAUCAUGCGGGUGCUACUGGAGAGCAGCUGGAUGAGGUUUGGACCGGCAGGGAGGGGGUCGUACGACUGGGUGACGGGAUCACCUUCAACGCAGGAGAAGCAGGGCCACAACUGGAAUGAGUUGGGCACUGGAGAGGACAGAAGGUCGGAGCUGGUGGUUUACGUGGUGCUCCCGGUCGUCUCCGUCCUCCUGCUGGUUCUCCUGGUUGGUCUGGUCUACCGCCGUUGUUCCCGCAGUAAGCUGAGCCUGGCCAACAUCAUCGCUCUGGACCUCCAGGACACGGAGAGCAGCGCUGAGUUCCUCUCCUCCCUGACCAGGAACGCUGAGCGCCACACCAGCACCAGCUCCGAUGGAUCGGAUGGAGUCUUCGUCAUGGUCUACCUGCCUCCGCCCUAUGAAGAAACCCUCACCAAGAUCACCCGGGCCGCCAGCCUCUCCAGUUCCAAAGACGUGGAGUCGAUAAAGAUAGAAGAUCUGGAGGCCAAGCUGUGUCCAGAGCUCAAGUCCAGUGGCAGAUAUGUGUGAUAUAAGGUUGAUGCCACCAUGUAAAAAGACAUUAUGACCCCAAUAUUUGGUGUUUUUAAAUAACUUUGUUGUCUCUAAAUUCUAAUUAUUGAAGUAUUGGUCGUUUCAACAGCCUCUGUUAGGAAAGAUAGUUUGGGUCUUUACGGUAUCUUCAUGAUCUCAUCAUCAACCUUGUUUCCAGCAGCCAUUUUGAGCAAACAAACUCUUGAUAAACCCUCUGUCCACAACUUGCUCAGACAGACACAGGUAGGAAAUGUAUAGUGGAGCAGUCAGCAGCUAGAGAACCAAACCAGAGCUAAAGGAGGGUGAAUAUUGGACUUAAAUGCAGCAGGUGAACACAAACCUGACUCAUAGUUGGUUGAUAAUGUUGCUGUGUGUUUGUUGAAUGUGUAAACAGGCUUCUGUCAGGUAGUUUUGGAGUUCUUCUGCCCUCUAGUGUCCAAAAAUCAAUAAACACUGUCUU